GACGUCAGCGGGGGCAUUAGGAGGAGGCUGCUGUUUGUUGUGCUCGAGUGUUCGCAGCCGCUGAGCCUUUUCCUCGCGCAUCUAUUUAAAGUUUAAAACAGCCUGAAAAGACUUGACAGUUUACGACAACGUCACCGUCCUUCGUGUCCGAUACCUGUAGCUUGGUGUUAAUAAAGCAGUCCGGAAACGGCAAACAUGAAAUGGAUGUUCAAAGAGGAUCACUCCUUGGAACAUCGAUGCAUGGAGUCAGCAAAAAUCCGCAACAAAUACCCUGACAGGGUCCCGGUGAUUGUGGAGAAAGUAUCUGGAUCACAAAUCGUGGACAUUGACAAAAGGAAGUACCUGGUGCCCUCCGACAUCACCGUGGCUCAGUUCAUGUGGAUCAUCAGGAAGCGCAUCCAGCUGCCCUCAGAGAAGGCCAUCUUCCUCUUUGUGGACAAGACGGUGCCUCAGUCCAGCAUCACGAUGGGGCAGCUGUACGACAAGGAGAAAGACGAGGACGGCUUCUUGUACGUGGCUUACAGCGGGGAGAACACGUUUGGCUUCUAAAUCCAACAACCGUGGAGCCACACUGACCCCCCUACAUCUAAUCACAGCCCACACUCGGGACCCCAGUGACAGGAACAUGACAGGAAGACGGACUGACUGCUCCCCUGAAGGGAUAAACAUGAAUGAGUGUUUGUUCAGGCCCAUGUUGCACCGAUUCUUCAUAGUUUAAUAGGCUGAGUUGUGUAUAGUGUGUUAAAUUUGAAUUAUUCUAUGUUUGAUGUUGUGAUUUGAGUGUUCUAGACGGAAUCUUUCUUGUUUUUUCACAUUUUAAAGAAGUGUGACUGAGUUUUACUUUUAGAUAUGCUUUUCUCUUUGACAACACUAUUUAAAAGAUUUACUUAUUGAAGGUAAGGUAGCUGGAUGACCUGACCAAUAAACAGAUUAAAACAUG